ACUCCACAGACACCGAAUCAUGACUGAUUAACAUUUAAAGUGGGCGUUUAUUGUAUACUUUUACAGCUUUAGCUUUUAGUUAGUACUUAGUUUUAUAUUAAACACGAUGGGUGUUUAUAAAGUAGCCUUAUUUUAUACUUUUGUGUUUUUUUUUCUUGGUGGCAGUCGAAGCAGUGAAGGAUGCAAUAAUGAUUUAACUGGUGCAUCUGCUGCUAUACGACUUUCAAAUGAUUUGUUUUGCUCAUACGAUACCAACGUAAGACCUGUGGUGAAUCAAUCAUCUCAAACAACUGUUGAAACCAGAUUUUACGUUUUCAAUGCUCAUAUGAACGAAAAAUGGGACAUUUUACAAAUGAGUAUUCAAUUAGUUAUGGAAUGGACAGAUGAAUUUUUAGUUUGGGAUCCUUCAAAAUAUGACAAUAUUCAAAAGAUGUAUAAAGAGUCAUCCCAUAUUUGGGUACCUGACAUUAUGUCAUAUGAUACGGGAUUCAAUGGUGAUAAUAAUGAAGAUUUUUCUUACUUUUUACCAAUAAGUAUGGUGAGAAUAACUAAUAAAGGCAAAAUGAAAUAUAAUCACCGUAUAACUCUAAAUGGUCAAUGCACAACUAAUAUAGCCAAAUGGCCAUUUGAUUCCCAUAACUGCACUUUCCUUAUAGGAUCUCCCGUGUAUACUAAUGUAAAUGUAAACUAUUCGUUUACACAUGGAUAUUAUGAUAUGGAUUAUUAUAAACCUAGUAGAGAAUGGGAAAUUAGUGGGAUAAGCCAAGAGUGUAUGAAUGUCUUAUAUUCCUCUUCAAAUUCAUCUGUGCACUGCAUCUUACAAUACGAUAUAAAUAUAACUCGAUUUUCAACCAUGUACUAUUCAUCCAUUGUAAUCCCAGCAGUUGUGAUUUCAUUGAUGAAAAUAUUUACGUUUUUUAUGGGUCGUGAAUUUACAUUUCGAUUCAUUUUAUUAUGCUUAAUUUUCAUUUCUGAAUUGCUGUACAUACAAUUUUUGGACACAAAAUUACCAAAUAAUGGAAGACAAACAGUAUACAUAGUUCUAUUGUACCGCAACUCCUUAAUUCUAACAGCAAUAGCACUUAUUAUAACUGUUAUUAGUAAUGAAUUUUAUAAACAUGGUACUGAUGAUUUUCCUCGUAAUGGUCCUGAAUGGCUCAAGUCUGUAUCAACAUUUCUUUUAAAUAAAAAACCAAUCGCUAUGCUAACUAAUUUUAACACUCAGGGAGCUGAGCUUUUAAUAGAAAAAAAUGUGGAAGAGGAAUCGCCCAAUACUCAAAGAGAUGAAAAUGCCUUGUUUUGGAAAACACUGUCUAACUUAUUAGAUCGUCUAUCGUUUGUAAUUACUCUAGUAAUUUCAAUGAUAAAUUUAUGGUUUUUAAUACCCUAAUUAAAUUUACUUACACAUUUUUUUUAAAAAAGAACAAUGAUAAAUUUAUUUAAUUUCUCUUGUAAUUUUAAAAAGUUUAUACAGAAUAAAUUUUAUCUAUAUACUUAUAUAUCAUAAUAUAAAAAAUCAACUACAAU